AUGAAGAAUCUGGGUUUUGUUGCCUUGUCGGGCCUUGCCCUGUUGCAAGGAGCUGCCGCUGUUUGUUGUCGCACUAACAAGUGCUUGAAAGCCAUCGUUUAUACAGGUCAAGAUGGACUUGCCGACUGCUCGGCAAACCUGAUAGUCACAGUGACACCGUCUGCAAGCACCUUGACCCAAACGGUGACAGACGUCGAGAGCGCUGUGGCUACUGCGUUGCUCACCAAGGCCACGACUGAAACUGCAUCAACCGAGACACUGCUGUUUACCGAGACCACGACUAUCACGGCAUCCACAGAAACAGACAUUAUCAGCGAGACCACAACCGUACCCGUUACCACGACCGACGUCCAGCUCGCUGCCGGCGUCACAUCUACUUCAACCGUCUAUCUGGUGAAUUUGAAGGCUCGCCAGACGGGGUCGCCCUUGCCGGGCUAUGCCUCGGGAGUCUGCCCGGACUGGGACAAGUACGUCGAGGCCUGCAAGUGUGCUGGCGUUGUGCCCAUCACCGUCACGGCAACUGCAGCCACAGAGACAGUCACAGUGACCGCCGACAGCGCAGUCACCUCGACGAUGUCCACCCUCUCCAGCACCCAGACCGACACCGUCUCGGUGACAGCGACGACCUCGAGCACCCAAACUGACACCAUCUCGCUCACGGAAACCGUCACCACCACCGAGACCACCACCGCCUCCUCCACGACAACCGUCUUGACAACAUCAACACCCACCACCGUCGUCCCGCUCACAUGCAAGCCGCAGGGCCUCAACUUCCGGGUCUCGAGCCCCCUAAAUGACGGCACGACGCGGUGGAUGAACGUGAUAAACAAGGCCACGAUCGCGUGGCAGACUUUCUCCUCGGGCAGCACGGGGACGGACCUGUACUCGUCCACCUGGGUGCUGGACAGCAACGGCUAUCUUGGGCUGGCCAACGCUAUCGCCCCGGACACCUCGGUCCUAGUCGCGUACGUCGACCUGAGCAAGACAGGGGCCAGUGUGGCGGUGCAGGCGAAGCCCAAGCCCGAUGUUGAGGCGGCCGUCGCGGCCGGUACUUUUGGGAGAGUCACGGGGUGCGUCAACGCGGCGACCAGCGAGGUCACCCUUUCCGCAAACGGGAGGUCCAAUAUCCUGACGUGUGGCAAUGGGCUUUACUUGUCGACGGGUAACGGGGUGGAUAUUCGGUCAGACUGUGUCCAGCUGUUCCCGACUGGUAAUCAGGUCUAA